UUGUCAAAGUCCUGUACGUGAGCAGGUCUGCUGAACGGCUCCCUCACCGCGCGUAAAAGAUGAAGCCUUGAAUUUCUUUUUACAGAAGUUGAAGCGCUGUGACACAAGACGGAGUGAACACAAUGGGGCUCGGGUCAUUUUGGAGUUUUCCUCUCUUGGCUUUCGUGUUUCUCUUUCGCCACAAGUUUGUGGCUCAGGCGGAAAUAACUUCUCUGAGCGCAAACGACAGGUUCCAUCACCUGCAGGUUUUGCCACUUGAAGAGCGUGAAACCGGAGCAUCUGCAGAGGUCGGAGAAUCACUGGAAGUCGACGUUCGCGCAAAAGUUUUAAACGGGCGUGAAACGGAACCAGACGGGGAUUUGAAUCCAAGGGAUGACAAACAAAUGGGAGUUGAGACGCGGAGCGGACUUGGAAGCGAGGCGCCGAUCGGCAUCGAAACAGCGCCAGGCGAUUCCAGUCGUCUCAAAAUACCUGAUCAAAAGUAUGCUUACACGUCUGAGGGCAAGCACGCGCGAGAUACGGAGAUUAUUUCCCCAAGAAAGAAGGCAAAAAGGAGUGCGGUGGCGUCAUACAGCGAGGAUGUGGACAGGAGCAUAAGCGGAAGAGAGAGAUAUGUGGAGGCUGUGCAAGGUGUUCCCAACUCCAGAGUCGAGUACCGGCGCAGCGGGGACGAAGCCAGAGGUUCUAACCCCAAACAGAGUGAGCCAUACCUGGACACUUCUACUUUUGCUCUGUCGGGAGACUCCGCGCACAACCAGGCGAUGGUGCACUGGUCUGGACACAACAGCAGCGUGAUCCUGAUCUUGACGAAGCUGUACGACUUCAACCUGGGAGCUGUUACUGAGAGCUCCCUCUGGAGAUCCACCGAUUAUGGAAGCACCUACAACAAACUCAACGACAGAGUGGGUUCAAGGACAGUUUUAAGUUACCUGUACGUCUGCCCAACCAACAAGCAGAAGAUAAUGAUGCUCAGUGACCCGGAGGUGGAGAGCGCGGUGCUCAUCAGCUCAGAUGAAGGAGCGAGCUUUGAGAAAUAUCCCGUCAACUUCAACAUCCUGAGCAUGCUCUUCCACCCGACGCAGGAGAACUGGAUACUAGGCUACAGUCACGAUAGCAAGCUGUACAGUUCAAUGGACUUUGGAAGGAAGUGGCAGCUUGUCCACGACAACGUGAUGCCAGGCCGAUUCUACUGGGCGGUAAUGGGGCUGGACAAAGAAUCCGACGUGGUCCACAUAGAGACGCGCAUCGCAAAAGGCCGAGCUCAGUAUGUGAAGUGCAGAGCACAGCGAUGCACAGAAGGCAACCGACAGCACCUCUUCCCUGGAGAUGUGGACACCAACUCACUGGUGGUGCAGGAUGAAUACGUCUUCACACAGGUAACCAAGUCAGGACGACCCAGCUACUUUGUCUCCUACAUGAGGGAGUCCUUCAGGCAGAUGCAGUUACCUAAAUACUGUUUACCCAAGGACAUGCACAUCAUCAGCACAGACGAGAAGCAGGUUUUUGCUGCAGUCCAGGAAUGGAAUCAGAACAACACUUACAGCCUGUAUAUCUCAGACUCCCCGGGGGUCUACUUCACCCUCUCAUUAGAGAAUCUCAGAACCAGCAGAGGACCCGCCGGUAACCUCCUGGUCGACUUUUAUAAGGUUGAGGGAAUUAAUGGCAUGUAUCUCGCCAACAAACUGCUGGAUAAUCGCAUCAAGACUUUUAUUACCUACAACAAGGGACAGACAUGGGCCCUCCUGCCAGCUCCUGGCACUGACGUGGCUGGGAAUAACCUGCACUGCGUUCUGCCAUUUUGUUCGCUGCAUCUUCAUCUGGAGAUGUCGGAGAAUCCGUACACCUCUGGGCCCAUCACCAGCAAAAAGUCUGUACCGGGAAUCAUCGUGGCCACAGGAAAUAUCGGAACAGAACUGUCCUCCACCAGCCUUGGGAUGUUUAUAACAGCUGAUGCAGGGAAUAGCUGGAGACAGAUAUUUGACGAAGAGCAUAACAUUUGGUUUCUCGACAAUGGCGGGGCUUUGCUGGCGGUCUUACAGGCAGCGACACCAAUCCGACACUUGUGGAUCAGUCUCGAUGAAGGAAAGAAGUGGGACCGUCACAGUUUCUCUUUGGCACCUCUGUAUGUGGACGGCGUUUUGAUGGACCCAGAAUCAGACAAUCACAUUAUCACGUUUUUUGGCCACUUCAGCCAUCGGUCAGAGUGGCAGCUGAUCAAGAUCGACUACCUGGGCCUCUUCAGCAGGAGAUGCAUGGACGGAGAUUAUCAGAUGUGGAACCUGCACAACAAGGGGGAGCUGUGUGUGAUGGGCGAAAAGCAGAUCUUUAUGAAGCGCAGACCAGGCAACCGCUGUAUGCUGGCCCAAGACUAUUCCAGAAUCUAUUCCUCAGAGCCAUGCCUCUGCACAGCCUUUGAUUUUGAAUGUGAUUACGGGUGGGAGCGCCAGCCAGAUGGGAAGUGCUCCCCUGCUUUUUGGUUUAAUCCAAAUGGUGCAGCUAAAAGCUGUAGCACCAGCCACAGCUUCCUUAACAGCACAGGGUAUCGGAAAGUUUUGUCCAAUAACUGUAAGGAGGGCGGGAAGAACGUGUACUCGCCGAAGAGGCAGGCGUGUCGUACCCGGCCGCCCCGAGGCCUCAGACUAACCACCGGUCAUGGAGAGCUCAGUGCCCUGGUGGGGAGCAAUGUUACCUUCAUGGUCUACCUGGAUGAUGGAGGCUCACUGGGGACGAGCAUCCAUCUAGACUUUGGGGACGGCAUCAAGAUCAUAUACUCCAAUCUGAGCAGGACAGAUGAUGGCAUCAAGCACAUCUACAGAACGACUGGGAUUUACCGAGUGACGGCUUCAGCUGAGAACAGCCAGGGAUCUGACAGCAGCACCCUGUUUUUACACAUCACCAGUCCAGUGGAGCGUAUAUAUCUCUCCGCUCCCAUUGUAGCCAUCAGGGGGAGGGAGGCUAAUCUGACGGCCGUGGUUUGGCCGAGUCACACCAGAACGCUGACCUUCUUCUGGUGGUUUGACAACAGCUCCGAGCCCAUUAUAACCUUGGAGGGAAGCAUCUCAUACACAUUUCAGAGAGAGGGAAAAAACAAGGUCACGGUCCAGGUUGCUUCUGGGAGCAACAUCGUGCAGGAUUCAAAAGUUAUAACAGUUAAAGAGAUCUUUAGGUCGCUGCUGUUGUCGUUCUCGCCGGCGCUUGACGAGCACAAUCCUGACAUCUCUGAGUGGAGGGAGGACAUAGGCCGCGUGGUGCGGACAGCUCUGUCACAGGUGUCGGGGGUUCCUGAAGAUCAGCUGCUGGUGUCACUGUACCCGGGUCUCCCAACCACAGCAGAGCUCUUCAUCCUUCCUGUCGAACACACAACAAGCACGGCGGAGUCUCUGGACAUGAUAUCGGACAUUUUCGUCACUGCCCUGAACCAAGGCCUGAUCCAGUUUGAGCUGAAAGCUGAUGUUCACAUCAUUGUAUACAUGACUCAGCAAACUUUGGCACCACUUGUGGAUUCAAACUCCAUCCACAGUGGGUCGGCCAUGCUGAUGCUGCUCACUGUGGUAUUUGUUGGUUUGGCUGCGUUCUUCAUCUACAAGUUCAAAAGGAAAAUCCCUUGGAUCCACGUUCAGACUGAAGACAGUCACGAGAAAGAACCGGAAGUGAUCAGCACGGUCGGUCAGAACGACAACAUGUCGAAGGUGAAGCUCAACGAGUUUCCUUCUCCGAAAGAGCUCAUGGUGAAGGAUCUGGAGGCGAGGAGCAGAGUGACAUCAGGAGGAAUGGGACGCGGCAUGGAGAGAAUUGUAACCAGGGAGUUUCCAAAUUGUACUAAUGUCUAAAGACGCUCUGUGACUGAGUAAGUACAGGUUGUUGUGUCGCGAUUGUGCAGAAACUGUUUUGCUUUGUCAGCAUUUAUUGAUUUCACAAUCAUAGCUGCUAUCGUUCAAAGUUUGUUUGUUUUUUACAUAUUAUGGGUAGAGUUAGUGAGUAUAGUUCAAAAUGUGAUGAAGAUCAUACACCGAACCAGAUUCAAAGGCCUCCAGUUUGAGGGCGGUGAAUACCUGAGAAAUCUGCUGAGAAAACGACAAAAGUGUCCAAUUAGCACCUGGAAUGUCUUGUUCUCUACCACUGUAAUGGACGUGACGGUACUAAUAUUGGUAUGUUAUGACUGUUCAGCUGAUACUGGCACCUUUUUUCACUCACUGUGGCAGAAAGUGUGAUUCUUUAUCAGGGUAAUAAUAGACAGACUGUGUCAAAAUAUCUCAGAAUCCUGAGAAAAUAUUGAUAUAAUGUAAAUGAGAAAUGGUCAUUAGUGAAAGAAUGUAUGUGUUUCACUGCCUACGUUUAAUGUAUUCACUUUAAAUAAGCAUUAAGUGACAUUUAUAUAGUAUUUUAAGGAUUACUGAGGCCCUUUGAGGCGCAUUGUUUCAUUAUCUGGGUGCCCUACCGUCAUAUGAGAGACAUAUAAUUAAUAGACCGUUUUAGGUUUAACUUUCAUCCGGUUAUGACACUUUUCAUUUCGCUCUGGAUAAACUGCGCGUUUACACCGUUUACUGCCCCCAUAACUAGAGGUCUUUGAGUUGCGUAUAUAUAUAUAUAAUGAAUAUAUGUAAAAAUGUCAACUCUGACAAAAUGUGAAAGCUUCUGGGAAAUAAUUGAAUAGACAUUAUUUGUUUUUUUUUUGUCUCUCUUCGCUUUGUAAGACAACACGGUGCUUUCAAUGACUGUCUCCUUGAUAUAUAUACAUACAUAUAUAUCUAUACAUAUACAUACACACAGUAUAUGGACAUGAAAGUCUGGCCUUACAGGUGGAAAUACUGACAAGUUGUACAUAAAAUGAGAUGGAAUGUAAAUCUAUACAGUAGCUUCAUUCUUUCACUGUAAAGUCGAGUCACGGGCAUCAUGACCUUCUGUUCACAACAAGCUGUAUUUCCUUUAUCCUAUACUUUUAUUUUUAUUUUAUACAGUAGCAUGCUCUAAUCAUCUGUGAUAACACGCUUAAGACUAAUGACUUCUAUAUAUAUAUAUAUAUAUAUACAUACACAUGUACACACUGUAUAUGUGUAUAUACACUGUAUAUAUAAAGGUCAUUUUAAGGUUUACUUGUCACAUUUAACUUGAUACAUUAAUAGUCCAGUUGUGCAAUGGCCAAAAACUUGUGCAUGAUCUAUGAUAUUGUUCCUUUUUGUCGAUGAUAAGAGAAAAAAAAACAACAACAACGUCUUGUUUCGAAUCACAUUUCUUACUGUGAACAAAUUGCCAUUUUAAAAAUUGUUCAAAAAUAAAUGUAUUUUUAUAUGGUAUACUGUAUGUAUUCUGAAUAUGUAUGGUUUUAAUACAACGUACACUCUUUGA